CGAACAACCGGAAUCCGAUGGCGCUCAUUGUUUAGGGAAAGCUAGCCUAGCGGCCCUCAUUGUUUCUUUUUCCCCAUCCCCCCAAAUGCAAAAACCUGUCCGGAUUCACUAAAUGAGAAAAAACCCUCAAGGGCUUUCUCCAUGGAGCUAGCUGAUUCGAAGUCCACAAACCCAAAACAGUGCGUCCAACACCGCCACCUCUCGCUUGACCUGAGAAAUUGCCACCGCGCUACUCCCAUCCCCCUUCUCUCCCAAAUUCAGCGACAUCAAUGGCAUCCAACGCCGCCGCAUCUGCUCCGUAAUCGCCGUCGUCGCCCGGUAACUCCUCAGUUGGUGAUGAUGUCCGUAAUCUCGUUGGACGCGGUGGAGGUGGGCGGUGGAGCUGUUGCGUUGGGGGCCGAGGAGAGUGGGAAGAUCGAAGAAGAACUGAGAUCCAACGAGAGUGUGAAGAGGACGGGGUGGGUAGGCUAAAUAUAAUUUAAUUUUUAUUUUAUUAGAUUUUAGAUAAAUUUACCCUUAUACCCUUAAUGAAUCAUGUUGUUAGUAUAACAACACUAAGGGUGUUGUUAUACUAUCCGCACCCCUUUUGAUAUCCGAUUUUGUAACUUCAUCCCCAUCCACCCUAACAUUCGAACUUGGAACCUCUUUGAUUGAAAACAUUAAGGGUAUAUUUAGAAUAAAUAAAUGUUCAUUUU